AUGGCUCGGUUGCGAGGUUUGAAUAAUAAAGUAUUUCACGAAGACUCCCACAGUACACAGAACGGAACCAGUACAAAUUCGAGAUUCUACCAGUAUCGAGAACAAAGAAGUCAGCGAUCUGAACCAUCAAGAAAGGAAGCUACUUUGUUUCACAAGGAAACAGGAAAGAAAGAAAGAAGUUCUAAAUUUGCUUUUACAAAAGUUUACCUGAACAAAGACUGUGUAACCAGCACCAUUUUCAUUCAAACUACCUUCUUCACGUGGUUACUAAGCGUAGCAACGUCAUUGUUAAUGCGUGAUAAUUCAUGGGCAACUAGAACAGAAUAA